GACAGAUUUCGCGCACUGUGAUUGGUUGACACAUGGCAAACUCUUGGAGGGGCACUCCUAUUGUGAAUCGCCCGUGUUCAUGUGAAACAAUUUCCCCAAAAUUGCAGGGUUUUCCUCAUUUGUUUUCAUUAUUGCAGUGUUUAUUUAGAGCUUUGGAUAAUUUGUGGUGUUUCUCCUUUUGAUUUUACAACUCAAGAUUGGAACCGAAUGAGGUCUCUUAAUUAUCAUUGACGGUAUUCAUCAGGAGAUAUGAGUUUGGUUGAGUACGUCACACUCUACACCACCCAACACAUCACCAGUCCAGCUCGUAACACGUCCCCGACGUGCAGUGACUAAUAAGAUGGGAUGUGAUUGUCGUGAUUGAUUUCAGCACUGUUUGGAAGAUGGAAUGUAUUCGCUGUUUGGCCCAACAGAUCGUGUGGUUCUCGAGUUGGAUUGGCCAUUGGCAUACAUGUGUUUCAAACACACUCCGUUGCAUUCACACACGAGAAGGUCUUUUCUCACUCUGAGCAAUUUUUUUUCAAGCAAAGCACUUGCGGUUUCAUUAUCAGCAGGUGGUAACAGGUUGUAGAAGUUUUCUAAGCGCACAGUAAUCUGUCCAAAUUUUUCAGUUUCAUGUCAUGUUUUGUUUCAUUGAAACUACUGGUUAGGAGAGCAGCCACACUGGCUAUUUGCACCGGGAAGAAUACUGCUGGGAUGAGUGCCUUAAGGGGCGAGUGGUAUACCCACCCCAGACGAAAAAAAAAGGACGUAGAAGGAAAUGAGGAGAAAGAAAGACGCCUGUGUUGUUUUGUUUAUUUUUUGUAGUAGUUACUGGAAAGGAGUCUAAAACGCAGCUUGAGCCCGUACUCGGCCAUUUCCCUCUCUUAGCUCUUGACCCAUAUGAGAAUGGUGACAAAGAGCACUGCCAUGCCGCUGUUCCCAUUUUCAUGCCUUUAUGUAAUCUUGACGUAAGUAAUAGCUGAACCCGACGGACCGUCCACGAAAUCCAUGCGUACAAAUUGCAUUCAGACCCACGUCUACUGUCUGCACUCAUCACGUGCAGUGGUUUGCACACCAAUCCGCGGCCGCAGCGUUGCAUGUCCAUUCCGAUUCCAUGUUUCUCUUUGACUCGGUAUCGGAGUGGAUUCGCUGAUAUCGAUAAGUUGUAAGAUUUUCGACGUAUAAAAGCUUGUCCCAGUGAGAGAGCAAUUUAAUUACAUGUUAAAGGCAAAAAUGUGCACCGCUUGUGCACGAAUUGCUUCAGAGACCGCCCGCGCACGUCAGGUGCAUGUGCGCGACGUCCCCCUUUUCCCCCGCGCCUUAUGGAUGGCCUUGACGAGGUUUUCAUUUCAAGGGUAGCUAAGUCCGAUUCACUUCACAUGGAAAGAUCUCAAAUAGUGACGUGUAAUUACGCAGUUGAACCAUUUUUUACGCCGUUACCACAGAGUGCAGUUUUUAUUUAAUUUAAAGCAAUUCCAUGUAGGCAUACUAAAUUUUGAAGAAAAAUAUUGCACAAGUGAAUUUGUAGAAAGUGUAUCUUUUCAAUCAAAUUAGAUCACUGCGUUGGAUAUACUUCGUGUUAACGACUGGAAGGUCUGAUUUGUGACAAAAAAUAUAUCUUAUUGGAAUUUGGAAUUAAGUUAUAGUUUCAUAUAAAACUGAUCCAUUGUUUUCUUGGCUCUUGUAGUUCAGCUGUUAAAUAUUAUGAAUGUGACUUAUCUCGUUUCUUGAUAAAUAUUGAGCUUUUAGAUGUGUCCUCAUUAUGUUUCAAAAUAGUGUAUUACAGAAUACAUGUGUAUUUUCUUUUGCCAAAAUGCAUUGUGAAACAUGUAAUCACAAUAGGUACACUCACGAAAAAAAGUCUUGUUUUCAAAUUUGAUAUCAAUAACUGAUACCAGUGGUAUUUAUCAACAUCUUUCAAACGUCUUUCAGAAAUCAAUUUUACGUCUGACUUUAGGGUAGGCAUAUACUAAGUGGUAGCCUGUUUCGCUUAAGUCUUCCGAAAAGCUCUUCCUAGGUUACAGUAGGCCUACAGCAGAUGAACAGGUCUUAAAAUGUUCGAACAAAUUUUUCAGAUUUUAUUAUCGUUACUUUUAUGCACAUCGGGUGGAUUGCACAUAGAUAAAUAGAGGACAGGAGGGAAGUUCUCACAGUGUGAACUGGGUUCCAAGGUUGUUACUUUUUUUUAAUUAGGGCCUAUUUUGAAUUUCAGCCGCCGGAUUCUACACUAGUGAAACCAGUUGGCUUUGGCACCGACUACGGAACAGGCUUUUUACAAGAGUUGAUUGGAACGAACGCACUGUGCACGCAGUGUAGCUGCGGAUAUCCGCGACACCUGGAUGCACAAGGGGUUAUAGGGUCGAUGUCACCUUGCGGUUAAGCUUACCUCCAAGUUGGAAAGUUCCACAGUGCGUUCGACAAAAUUAACAACUGGGGCCUAAACGGUCAUCGACGGGAUCCAAGAAAGGAUCGUGUUUUGAAGUACAUGACUGCUUGAAAGAUAUCCAACGUCAGACUUCAUCAGGGGGACAUCAAAAGAUGUCAUCAAGAGUCAAGUGGGUUGUUGGUGGCGUUGUGGUCUGUCUGAUUCUCACAGUCAUCAUUGUGGUGGCGGUAACUGUGUCAAAAGCAAACCGGAAUGAAGAAAAAUCUGAGGCAGCCCCGCCCACCAACGACCAGCCAAGAUUGACCACAUUGAAGGGGAACACCGGAGGGCUCGCUCCCACCAACCAACCGGGACUGACCGCAUCGGCCACAUUCGUAAACAAGAGUGUCACCUUAGCGUCGGUGGCUGUAUUCACUGCCGACAGGCUAGAGAUUAAGCUCAACUGCACCUUCCAGUACUACGUCAGUCCGGAGAAUUUGCAAAUACUCAACGAUACUUACGGUCCGGCGUACGAGUUGAUCCUGGUAUUCAGCGCCACGGACGCAGUGAAGGGCGUUGGCUCGCAGUUCAGCUUCCGUCAGUACGCCUACGAGCGGGACGCCGUUGAACAGGCGCUCUCGGAUGCCGUGAGAAGCCGACUGCAGGGGACGUGCUGCGAGCCGUCAUGCCAGACCCUACCAGGAGGUUGCGAGGCAGGUUGCAAACCGACCCAGGAAUGCACCGAUCAGGACAGGGGACUUUUUGCCAACGUGCUUUUCUUUCGGUUAGACGCGGUGGACAUUCCCGAUAUUAUACUGUCCCGCCUUCCCACUGCCUCGCCUCCCGCAAAGUAACUACCCAAAGCAAUGUUGGAAAUUUCAGAAACUGCUGAAGAUGAAGACUUAGACAUAACCAUCCUCAUACUGUGAAGCGCUUCUUCCAUAGAAUCAUGAAUUGAAAUAGGGUUCAAACCUUCGACCACAUCCGAAGUGUCCGACCUAUGUGGCAAUCUUCCAGUUUUCAUCAUCUUCAUUGUUCUUUCACGCCUGGUCUUUUUGAUAAUGAUGAUCAUGUUUAAUGAUGUCUUGCGCACUUUAAGCGAUACUUUUAUUCAAUUUACACGUGCCUUUCCCGUAAAAUAUACCCAUGUCUCGAUGCACAAAGGCGUCGUGAAAUCCUAGAUGAUUACUUACCCAGCAUGGCAAAAGUGCUUAUCUAUGGACGGCGCAAUGUGAUAAAACAGAUUACAACGACAAAAUUCCGUACAGUCGAGGCCUAGAGAUGGCCGAGGCGGGACCCGUCCAGUUUUGACAGCAUAAUGGAGCAACCACCGCUAAAACCGUCUCCACGUGUGUCUACCGACUGUGUGGUCAAGUCUGCAAAAGAAACAAAGAAAGUGAUUUUUACUGUGCGAGUUUGUUUCGCUGUUAUAAACGGCAGUUUUGUGAAAUAGAUUUCUAUCAGAAAAGAGUGCCCGAAAAUGUAUUUUUCGUCUAUUAUAAAUAUAUAUACAGAAAGUUGUAAACUGAAGCCGUUUUCAACACGUCAUCUUCAAUUUCAAGUGUUCCAUUGCACUAAAGGUUGACAAGGCAGUCCAAAGGAACUGGGUCGUGUUUUUUUGUACGGCAAGCAAGCCUUUGUAUAUUGUGAUUGUAUGAACCUGCAUGUGUGUAAAGCCAUGAUAUACCUAAUUAUGCACAUUACUGCGACAAUGGAAUGAUAUUACACGACAGACAUUGAAUAAUAUUUUAUGAUACUAUAUGAAUAUUAUAUGCAUACCAUACUUUAAAGCAAACAGCAAUAAAUAUUCUUGAAAUGAA